AUGGCCGAUGCCGAGCUGCAGAUCAAGCACCGAGAGCAGACCUGCCAGCAGAUCCAGGCCACGGUGUCUCAGAACAAGUUGGAGCUCGCACACCUGGAGCUCGACUUGGAGUGGCACCAGUCCGCUCUGCAGGGCGCAGAGGAGAGGCGCAAGGAGCUUCAGAACUCCCAAAGGAAGCUGCUGGGCACCUUGCACGGGAAGAUGUACGAGAUCUCAGAUGUGACCGGCUCGCCGAGUGCGCCCUCGGCGACAAUGUAUCCCUCUUCCCCAGGCGCUCUGCACACCCCGCGGCGCCUGGAGCCGAUGCCCCCGCGCUAG